UUUGACAAACGGAAGAAAAUACACAAAUCGCUUUGUUUGGUGCAAUAUUUUCGCGUACUAAUUAUGAUAAGAAAUGAGUAGACCCGUAAAAAGAGAAGUAUCCGCCGAGGAAAAUUGUUUACAGAGUGCUGCUAAAGUGGACGAUGAUUUGCUUGAAGCCCGCUAUGAAUGUCCCAUCUGUAGCUGCUGGCUCAACGAGCCAAUACUCACCAAGUGUGGCCAUCGGUUCUGUCGGAAGUGCAUCACCGAUUGGUUGAAUGGGAAAAACUCCAUCUGCCCGUUGGACAACGAACCGCUCGAUAUCAAGUGUGACAUUUUUCCGGACAACUGUACGCGCCGCGAAAUAUCGCAAAUCAAAAAACCGUGCCCAAACUUAAUACGCGGCUGUGUCGAUCAGUUUUCCCCCACCGAAAUCGAUAGCCAUCUGCGCCAGUGCCCAUUCGCCAUGUCCCGUCAAAGCCAACCGUGCCCUUUUGCACGGAUCAAGUGCAAGUUUGUUGCUUCGGAUGAGACCGAACUAAAUGCGCACAUUGCAUCAGACUGUCAGCAACAUCUGCAGCUACUCUUGGAGACGUACACGGGCAGUAAUGAUCGGUACAAAUUUUGGGACCCACCCGCCAAGAACAGUGUGCCCGAGAUGAGCACCAACGAGCUGGUUCGCUCAAUGUACGAACGCAUCGUAAUACUCGAACAGGAAGUACACAUUUUGGGCAUCAAACUGUCCAAGCAGGAGCUCCAGCUGACCAAGAUCAACCAGGAGAUCGAUCCACGGUACAGUGGAGGCGUGUUGCUCUGGAAGUUGGAAGAUUUUUCCAACAAGAUCGAUGCAAUGGUAGCGAACAGUAACUGCAUGUUUUACAGCGGGCAAGCGUACACCUCACCGCAUGGGUACAAAUUUUGUGCCCGUAUCAAUGUGUCACCGCGCACCAAGGAUUCGAUCGGGCUGCACGUGCACUUGAUGCAGUCGGAGAACGAUUACCAUCUAGAGUGGCCGUUCAAGGGUCGUAUUAAGAUAACGCUGCUAAACGUACGCUCACCGGAACUAUCCCAGCACGAUACGAUUAUGUCGAAGCCGGAAAUAUUGGCAUUUCACCGACCGCAUCAGGACAUCAGUCCGCGCGGAUUUGGAUUUUUGGAGUUUGCUAAAAUUAAGGACAUUUUGGCCAAGUUUGCCGACAAUAAUACUGUGGUGAUUAAGAUACAGAUGAACAUUGUGUAACGAGGUU